AUGCUCACCCUCAACCUCGCAUACACAUCCCGCAUCAACCCGCCUUGCACGACGCCUCUCCUGACGCGCGCGCAAAUCUGGGCGGGCCUGCAGCGCAAAAUCCGGUUUGCACAGGACUUCGUGCCGGUGAUUGAGAGCUGCGCGGUGCUCGAGGACAAUGCUGAAACGGGGACUGUGACGCGCGACGUGGUGUUUAAGAAGGGGCUUGGGCCCAAGGAUACGGCACGCGAGGUAGUGAGGGGGUUUUGGCCCAGUGUGGUCGAUUUCCAACAAGAAGACGGCACACACGUUCGCAACAUCAUUUCCGACGGCCCGUCUGGCGACCUCGACGAUCUACACAUGACAUAUGUAUUUGAGAUUCGGCUUCCGGGGGUGCACGAGGGCAGCGAGGAGGCUGACAAGGAGUUUGUGAGGCUUAAGGCGAUGGCGAAGAAGGCGGUCGAGUCGAGCAUUGAGGCGAUUAGGGAGAUGGUCAAGGAUGGAAGGAUCAGCGUGUGA